AUGCCUGGUCUAGUUGCGCCUCCGUUCACGCGCAUCGCCAUCACGGAGUUACAUCCUACAUUCGGAGCUGAAAUCAGCGGUGUCGACUUUUCACGUCCAGUAGAUAAGGAUGUCUUUCAGGAGAUCUUAGCCGCCAUCAGCAAGUAUGGCAUCUGCGUGUUCCGCAAUACAGCCCUCGACGACGCCCACCACGUCGAAUUCGCAGCUCAGUUUGGCGAGCUGGACGACGUCACCCCCUACAUCUCUGGCGGGCGAGCCCACCGCCUCUCCGAUGUCCGUCUAUUCGACGUAAGCAACAUUGAUCUAGAUGGGAUGGUAUUUCCAUUAGACAACGUCCGACGCCAGUGGAACAAGACCCAGGGAAACGGAUUGUUCCACGUCGACUCAAGCUUCAACCCCCGACGAGCCGGGUACUCACUUCUCCGGGCGCAUGAACUCCCCCCCGCUGACCUGGGUGGAGAAACCGAGUUUGCAGAUGUGCGAACAGCCUUUGCCGACCUCCCACCUAGUCUCCAGACCGAGCUUCGAGAACGAGAUUACAUAGCUGCGCAUUCACUGUGGCAUUCCCGCAAAGUCGCUGCACCAGAAACGUUCAUAGAUAUCGAUCCGGCUGAGUACCCCAUGAGUCGACAUCACCUACUCCAGCGCCACGAGGCAUCGGGUCGGGAGACGCUGUACAUAGCGGCGCAUAUUCACCAUAUCGAGGGGCUAGAGGAGGGCGAGUCCAGAGCGCUUUUUGAACGGUUAUUCAAGCAUGCAACGCAGGCGAAAUAUGUCCUGCGAGUGAGAUGGGAGAAUGCAGGGGAUUUGGUACUCUGGGAUAAUACCAGCGUCAUGCAUCGGGCUGUGGGCGGUGAGUUCGAGGGAAAGUAUCGGCGCGACAUGCGUAGGGCUACCGUUCAUGACGGGAGCAGCUCGGCGUGGGGACUGAAUGAGCGCACGGAAGAACGACAAGGUCUGCCGUGA